UUACUGUGGUGAUUCUAAAGAACAGUUUGAAAUGUUUAAAAAAUCCUUGAAGCUUUAACUGAAAUGGCUAUAAAAGCAUUUUAAGAUAACUGAUCACAUUAGUGCAUUUCCACUGAUCAUUUCUGUACACUAAUCCAACAUUUAGCAUUAUACCAUGUUCACUGAAAAAUCAAGAUUCUGAUGGUUGGAAGGUGUGGAUUACCAUUUAGUAAUCAGACAGUUUAAUUGGACAUCUAUGAUGUAUUGUAGGUCGAUGUGUUGGUUUCCCUUCUACAUUAAUGUGCCAUUAUUACACUUUAGGUAAAGCAGGCGACACUGAGCCUUAGCAAAAUAGUUUGGAGCAAAUGUUACAGAUGGCUGUAAAAAUAGUAAUAAAUAGCUUCUCAGGGAAAACGCUGCAUAUUUAAAUUGAAAUGUGUUUGAUAUUUCCGUAAAUCUAGAAGUCAAAAUAAAUGUACAGCUUUAAUGAAGAAGGAUCUUAACUAAUAAACUUUUUCCCCCGCCAAAUUUAAAAACUGUAACACAGCCUUGGGAACCCCCUUACUGUUGGAUGAUGCUUUGAUUUGGUGCUUUAAAUUUGGCAAAAACAGCACAUACAUUUGCUGUAAUUCUCAUACCUCGACCGGCCAGGUGAUGCUACCAGAACCCACAAGCCCCUGAGAUUCGGCCCAGGGAACCCGGCACAUGUCCCAAGUCCUUGCCAAACGGACCAGUAAACCCCAUGCCAGGUGAUCAGGGGAAUCACCUGUUCCCUGUUUCCUGUGGCUGUCUUAAGCCCCUUGUUUCUGAGCUUUUUAGCUCAGUCAUGAUCUCAACCCGAGGGACUGACAACUCUGUUUUCUAGUUGCCUUGUAUUUGCGUUACCCUGCCCUUUGUGAGAACCUGCCUCUGUGGGACCCAACCUUUGUUUGCUACAGCACAUGGUCUUACACGGCUUAUAAAUUCCACAAAGGCCGUGAUGGCUUUUACUCUUUCAUUUUCAAUGACAUCAUGGGCUUUGAGAGAAUAACUAACAAAGGAGUUAAUGUGGAAGACGUGAAACUGGCCAUGAAGGGACAUGUUCCGGACGGUUACAAGUUCGAUCCUGAAGUCCAAUUUCAGGAUGAUGAUGAUGAUGACUACAACUCAUGUCCGACUCUGGACGACAGAGUUCACGUCCUGGUUUGUGUCAUUCCUGCUGACAAUGUUUCUUUAAUGAGUCCAGAAGUUGUGACGAAGAUGAGAGAAGUCAGAGAAGCAGCCAGUGAAAUGGGAAUUCCCCAACUGGCUAUUCUCACCAAAGUUGAUAAAGCGUAUUCUCAGCUGACAAAAGACAUAAAAAAAGUAUAUAAUCACAAGGACUUGAAGCAAAAGGUCGACGAAUUGAGCAUGUUGAUAGGCAUGCCACCGAACUGCUUCUUUCUUGUGAAGAACUACCACUCAGAAACCAACACAAAUGAAGACAUUGAUGUGCUGAUCCGGAGCACGCUGAGAGAGAUUAUUAACGCUGGAGAAGACUUUCUCAACAAUCUGUAGACCUACAUACUGCGAAGGCAAACCUUGUAUGAUUAGUUUCCACAUUUUUACUCCCAACUUGUCAAAUACAGACUCUUGGUCAGUGGCCUUAAGCCUCAAACUAUAAAGCUCCACGUACCCCUCUAGCAUCAGUGUUUUAUGUGUCAGGGCGGGGUGUCCGUUUCAUCUCGUCACAUGCAGUGUCUUUUUAAAAUAAACUUCCUUCACAGAAAGUGUGGUUUUGUAAACAAAACCCCUUAGUUAGGUUUAGGAAUAGAGUGGGUGAUGUUAAUAUACUUGCUAACACGUCACUACUGAGUGAGUCAAGACUCACAUGACUAGUGAUGCGAACAACUCACACGAUUAACGACUGACGUGUCUAAAUGUUCAUGAUUACUUUUAUUUUUGCACGGUAAAAUUCAAUUUUUUUCAAUUCAGUUUAUUUUGUAUAGCCCAGAAUUACAAAUUUGCCUCAGAGGGCUUUACAAUCUGUGCACAUGCGACAUCCUCUGUCCUUCCCUCACAUCAGCACAGGAAAAACUCCCCUAAAAAACCCCUUUAACAGGGAGAAAAAAGGAAGAAACCUCUGGGAGAACGACAGAGGAGGGAUCCU